GAAGUUAUGCUUUACACGUUAUUUCCAGUCGAGACGUUCAUUCAACAUGGCUACACGCUUUGAUUCGACUCCGAGAUGUCAUUUAGAUAUCGGCAAUGGCGUGUUUGUCACAGCCAAAACGUGGAAGGGCGACGAACUUCAUAUUCACAUCAGAAAAUACGAAAAUGACAAAGAACGGUCCUUUCCGACUGAGCGAGGGAUUAAAAUCAACUUGAUGCAGUGGUUAGAGUUGAAGACUGGAGCCAGUCAUGUGGACGAGACUAUCAGUUUGUUGAAACAGAGAAAAGACAAGAAGAUCUUCUAUCAUCUGGGUGCUAAUACAUAUGUACAGGUUGACACAAAGUUUGCUGGUGUGGAUAUACGGCAUUGGUGGUGGUGUUGUGAAGAUAAGGUUGUGAAACCCUCUAAGAAAGGUAUCUUUCUUAGGCUGGACCAGUGGGAGAAACUGAAAGAGUGUUUUGGGGUGAUGGUAGACUACGUCCCAGAACUCGAGACGACAGUACCUUGUAUCAUGCAAGAGGAUCACCAAAAUCAGGUAGGGGCCCUCAGGUGCACGUUCUGUAAUCCGAACCACUACAUGAACUGGUAAAAAUCUGUCAGAGACAUUUCCGACUAUAACUUUUGAGUGGGGCGUGACAAUUCCGGGGGUACAUCCUGUAUCUAAAAAUACCAAGUGUUUUUAACGUUUAUAAAAUAAGAUAAUGACAUCACUUUCUAAGAAUAGAAGAGAGUGUUUUCCCCCUCACAUUACGCUAUAGCAGGCGUUGUGAAGAACGGUAGUGAUUCAGCCCAUAGACAUCGGACCGUGCAGACGUGUUUGUUGUAUCAUGGACGUGUGCGGAUAUUAUCCUCUGGACGAGACGGUAAUUGUAACGCAGUACCUCCUAAGAAUAACUGGUCUUCGUUCGAAAACCGUUUGGCAUCGUUCAAAGAGUGGCCUAUUCAAAUGAAACAAUCGGCUAAGGACAUGGCUCACGCCGGACUCGUCUAUCAGAACAAAGGCGACACGUGUAUGUGCUUCAAGUGCGACAUUCGUCUGAAGGGAUGGACGAGCACGGACGAUCCUUGGAUAGAACACGAGAAGUGGUCACCGGACUGUUCUUACCUAAACAUGGUAGGAGUCGUCAGAAAGGACGCUGGGAAAGAUUUGUUUGCCAUAAGCAAUCUCGGUUGUUAACCGGAACUAUU